AUGACUGCCGUGGCCAAAUUUGUAGUGAGUCACGACGCGACUCGCGCGUCACUGUCCCGUGCCCCCGCACUAGUUCACACUAAGGUCUCUAAGGUUCACAACACUAGUCCCUCUCAGGUAUCACUUGGUUGCCGGAGCGCCUUGCGCUCUGUCUCUAAGUGCGCAUUGCGCGCAUUAGGCCCUCCUUCGCUGCUCGCAUGCGCAUUUAGACCGAUUCCACCUCAUAUUCUGGUUCCGCUUUUUCAGGCAACUGCGGCGUUCCUCCAUGUUGGGACAUUGACAGGAGCACUUACGAGGAUUGUACACCCUCGGCGCCGCGCACUCCUCGGGCGACAGCGAGCAGCAGCCGCACGACACGUGCUCCACGAUGGGGUACGUGGCGCACGUCUCCCGGUUGGUCUUGGCGUUGUAUAUUCGUAUGGGAAUAUGUCGGAUGACGGUCUCGGUGGCGACGCAGGUGCCUUCGUUCUCGUACUCGCAGAGGCCGACACAGCGCUUGACCCACACCGCGCGGGGACUGAUCUGUUCAUGUGCAGCCUUCACCUUCAAGUACUCGAAGACCUCCUUGGGGUCUCCACACUUGGACUGUUCAAUGAUGUUGCCGCGCUCGCGCUCAUUAGCACCCGAGCACGCGACUUUCUUAGGCAUGGGUAUGAUAUAAUCCUCAGUACUCCUGGGGAACUUGGGGUGGUGUUUGUGUCCAGCCACCACCACGAACAACACUAA